AGCUAAUCCAGACCUCAUAGAUUUCAUCUCGCGAGACGUCGCACUUCCGUAUAUAGACGUAAUGACGUUGCACGCAUGACGUGAUAAGCCUAUAUGGAGAGCAAUGGGACAGAAGUAUAAAUUGCUAGUACUAUACGACGAACAUGAGUGGAGGACUAGCGCCCAGUAAAAGCACAGUGUAUGUGUCAAAUCUUCCCUUUUCACUAACCAAUAAUGAUUUACACCGGAGUCACUAUAUUGAAGGACAAAGAUUCUCGAAAGAGCAAAGGAGUCUCAUUUGUGUUAUUUCUAGAUAAGGAAUCUGCACAGAACUGUGUUAGAGGCUUAAACAACAAACAAUUGUUUGGCAGAGCAAUUAAAGCAAGCAUUGCUAAAGACAACGGCAGAGCAACAGAAUUCAUCCGGAGGCGGAAUUACACAGAUAAAUCCAGAUGUUAUGAGUGCGGGGACACUGGACACUUGAGUUAUGCAUGUCCCAAAAACAUGCUAGGUGAACGGGAACCACCUCAAAAAAAAGAAAAAAAGAAAAGAAAAAGGCUUGUUGAAGAAGAAGAAGAAGAAGUUGUGGAAGAGGAAGAAAGUGAAGAUGAAGGAGAAGACCCAGCUCUGGAUAGCCUUAGCCAGGCCAUAGCUUUUCAGCAAGCAAGAAUUGAUGAAGAGAAAAACAAAUACAGACAUGAUCCAGCUGAAGCUUCUACUUCAGAAGAUUCAAGACGUCCUAGAAUUAAGAAAAGUACCUACUUUAGCGAUGAAGAUGAACUCAGCGACUGAACACUGACUUUAUUUCAUUAAAUUCGGGAAUAGUUCAAUUCUCCUGUUGGAAUAUUUGACUAUAUACAGUGAAUGUAGAAUAAUAAUCAUAUAUCAUAAUUCUAAACCUAAAUUUUUAAUAUCCGUAUAACAUUUCCACUGGAAACAAGCUUUUGUUUUGUACAUAAUAUAAUUUACUAGCAGGAAUUGAAUAUAUAAAAAAACUUGUUUUAAAACAAAAUAUGUAGCAUUUAUAAAGCAUCAGUUAUGGUAAUAAUUACAGGCUGAGGAGCACUCAACAAUCACACGUGUUGGCAUUUCUUGGUACAGAUGAUAACGAAGCUUAUGCCAUCAAAGGGUCAAUAUAUGCUGUUUUAGGGCUGCCAUGUGUAAAGGUUUUAAUCUGCAAUAUUUUUCAGGUUUGUAUGCAAACAGUGUUUUACGGUGUGCUGACAGAUGCAAAUUUAUGUAAUGAAUGUAACUUUAUAGAAUAGGCCAAUAUCCUUGUAUUGAUACCAUUCCUGCAUUUGUGUAUAAAGUAUUUUUGUUUUUUUUAA